UUCGAAAGCUUCGAAAUGGACAGAAAUUCGGCCGAAUCAACCCAGACGGACAAGAAGCGCUGCGCAGAUACGCCCCUGAAUAGACCAUCAUGCGAGGAUUCAUCGCAGAGGGAUUCCAGCGCCAAGACGGCGCUCAGCAACGUUGCUCGGUAUUCUAGUACUAUAUAGUUGGCCUAUGUCCAUGGACUAUUGCAAGUAGACAAGAAUCGCAAGAAGCUGUUCACAACAUAUCUCGGACUUCACUAUGUAUAUCCCACGAGCUCUCAUCGUCGCCUUCUUGGCGCCCGUCUGCACCAGUGCUUUGGCCACGCCCAACACAGUCAAACGAUCCGCCGCUGCUGAAGUCGAGAAUGGUAAAUUCAUCGUCGACCGGCAGGCCGAGUUCGCCAACCACCAGUCCUGGACCUUUGACGGAAGUGGUAUCCCUGAGGGACUUAAAGUCAGCACGUAUCCCGUCAACGACCAACGAGGCUUCUACGCGGAGAACGCCGUCGUACGGAACGGGUACCUCGAGCUCAUCCAGUCGGCGGGCCCAGACUUUCCUUACCGUGGGGGUGAGGUCGUCACAUCUGUGAAGAACAUCAAGUAUGCCAGUGUGCGUACAGUCGCCAUCCUCACGGAUACAUAUGGCACCUGCAAUGGCAUGUUCUUCUACCAGUCGAACACGCAAGAGACAGACAUUGAGUGGCUCUCUGACCCCAACAACCUCUCGAAUCAGGGCACCCGCAAGCUCUGGCUCACCAACCAGGACACCAACGGCGACGGCAAGACGUACCUUGCCAUCGAUCCGCCCGCCAACCCUACUACCACCGAGCACGAGUACCGCAUCGACUGGACGGAAGGUCGUGUAGCUUGGUUCGUCGACGGCGAGCAGGUGUGGGAGACAAACAAGGAUGUGCCCAGUGUUCCAGGUCCCUGGAUCUGGAACAACUGGUCCAACGGCGACAUUGGCUGGAGUGCCGGUCCUCCCACUCAAGAUGCUGUCUUCAAGGUUCGGUCCAUCGACAUGUACUAUAACACUGCUUGAGCGGGUCUUGUGGUCUGUUGUUGGCGGGACUCCUGUACAUUUUGAACAUGAACGUACACAGAUCUUUUGGAUAUUCCAAUCACUUAGCUUCUUGGAUCAGUUUAGAUAUAUACGCCACAGUAUACAGGAGAAGGUGUCUCCUCCAAAAUAUGCGGCCGUCUGCUGGUAUAGUUUUGCAGUCACAAUCACUGUUGGCAAGUCAGAUCACCACU